CUUGACUCCAACACUCCAGCCUCCGCGCACGCUCACUCUCCACCACCUUGCCGAGGGUCGAGCCUCUAGUCCAAGAUGGCGUCCAAGGUCGCACAAAAGAGGCUCACAGGAGUACCUCGCCAUGCAGAAGUCUCCACCCCCAUUCAUCUGGGCGGUGCCUGAGGAGAAGAACAUCCUCGACUGGCACUUCAUCAUUGUGAGCAAGCGACGCGGCCAGCUCGACUGAUGAGCGAUGGGAUGCGGAAGAACGGACGACUGACUCCGCAGCGUGGCCCUCCCGACACACCAUACGCGGGCGGCGAGUACCACGGACUGAUCUGGUUCCCCAGCGACUAUCCCUUCAAGCCGCCUGAUGUCAAGAUGUUCACGCCUUCGGGCCGCUUCGAGCCGGGUGUCAAGAUCUGCAUGAGCAUGACAUCUUACCACCCCAGCACUUGGAACGCGGCUUGGUCUGUCGCGACCAUCCUCACCGGCCUCCUCAGCUUCAUGCUGAGCGACGAGAUCACUGCCGGUGCGGUCAAGACGACCGACGAGCAGAAGCGCCAGCUUGCUACCCAGUCGCACGCGUUCAACCUCAAGAGCAAGAAGUUCAAGUACGCCACCCCUAACAUGACCGACCUCCCCGACAUGGGCCAGCAGAAGGGCAGCACGGUAAGCAUUGCGACCGGCACAUCAAGCCCUGUCGCUAACCUAGCGCUCAUCGAGGUUGCAGAACUGAAGCGCGCCGCCGCCGCCUCUGAUGUCGACACGCCCGUGUCGUCAGUCCGCUCAUCACCCCUUUCCACCGCCGCCCCCACCCGCACUCAAUCCCCCGCCGUCCAACCCCCUAUCCCCGCCGACACAGAACCCGCCCAACAACAGGUAGCGCAGCAGCAGCAGGUGCUUCACGCACGCGAGCAGCAUGGCCGGCCGUGGAUGCCUUCCUGGCGAUGGCUCGUCGCCAUUGUCUUGCUAGCCGUGCUCGGCCGGCUGUCUACCGGCCAGCAGUGA